GUCAACCCUUUUGUUCUAUAGUGUUCAAAAAGUGUAACAAUGGCUCCUAGUUCCACAUUGCAAUUCCCAAUUCUCUUGGGUCUUCUCUUAAUUUCAUUUCUGGGUGUUGAAGGGGUACUUCCCCCAUCAUGCAAUCGCUAUGAGUGCCCCAACUAUAAUGUCAAAUAUGUAGGCAAAAACUUUGAAAUCCGUCGUUAUAAUUCACCUGUGUGGAUUUCAAAUCUGGCUGUUCAAGACCCUUCUUUGGUUGGAGCUACAAGAUCUGGCUUCAAAAGACUAUUUAGUUAUAUUUAUGGUAACAACAACUAUAAGAAGGAAAUGAACAUGACAACGCCUGUGAUCAGUGAAGUAUCAAUUAAUGGUGGAAAUUCCUCAAUUGUUGUGAGCUUCUAUGUGCCGAAAGUGAACCAAGCAGACCCACCUUUGGCAAAUGGUCUCUAUGUUCAGAGAUGGAAAACUAUAGAUGUAGCAGUAAGACAAUUUGGUGGAUUUGUCAAAGAUUCUAAUAUUGGGUUGCAAGUGUCGGCCUUGAACGAUAGUCUUACCGGCACUACAUGGUCCGCUAUUGUUAAGAAUAAGUACAUUGUGGCACAGUACAAUUCCCCUUUUGAAUUGUACAAUAGAGUGAAUGAGAUAUGGUUUUUUUAUGAAUGAUAAUGAUAUGCAAGUGGAAUAUGCUAGACAAGAUUGACUCA